AUGGCUCGCAUGAUCUCCGUGGCCGCUCUGGCCGUGUUCCUGCUGGCGGCGCCCGCCCUUGCGGCCCGCGACCUCAAGCAGCUGGGCGCCGUCACCGGCGCUGUCAGCGGCCUGCUGGGCACUGUUGGCUCCACGGUCGGCGCUGUCCCCGUCGUUGGCCCCGUUGCCAGCCCCGUUGUUGGCACCGUGGGCAGCACUGUCAACGGCCUCCUCGGCACCGCCACCGGUGUGGUCACCCCCGUCCUUGGCACUGCCGUCGGCACCGUGAACAGCCUCCCCGUUGUUGGCCCCAUCGCCUCCCCCAUUGUCGGCACCACCCUCAGCACCGCGAACGGCCUCCUUGGCACCGCCAGCGGCGCCCUGGGCACUGUCUCCGGCGUUGCUGGCGCCGCUACCGGCGCUGCCACUGGCCUCCUCGGCACCGUCACUGGUGCGGCCAGCACCCUGCCCCUGCUGGGCUGA